CCCGCCUCCCCCCCCCCGCCCCUCUCCUCUCAGCGAAUCCACCAGCUCAAAAUAUAAACAUCAAAUCUCCUCUUUCUCCUCCUCCGCUACCAUCCCGCCUCGAAUCUCGUGAAUCGAACACCCGCGUCUUUUUAUUUCCACACUUCGUUUUUUCCUCUUCUUUGAUACCACAAACCCCCUUACUCUCUCUUCUUUUCCCUCCCACACACCAAAACCUAUCACAAAAAUGGCUACUGAGGUUCGUACUUGUCCUUGACUCGUUUAUGCCAACACCCCCUCUCUCGAUGCCGCUGCCGCCGUGUCUUCCGCCAUGGCCGUGCUGUCGAAUUCGAGUGUCUGCUGCUCAUUUUUUUGCUGCACACGGUGUUUAUAUCGCAUGAUUGCCACUGUUUACUCUCUUGGUCUUGAACAUAAACUAACUUUUUCUCUGUCUUGUAGCGUGAAAGGUUCGUCUCUCAAGUCGCUUCACCGUCGCCCCUGGAUUGAAAGCAACCCCGCCAAUGCCAGGACGCCGCCAUCAACGAGCGAACGCGUUUGUAACAAGGAUUUUAAUACUGACUUUUGUCGUUUUUCUAGCAAAACCUUCCUCGCCCGCCUCUGCGAACAGGCUGAGCGCUACGAUGAGAUGGUUACCUACAUGAAGGAGGUUGCCAAGCUUGGCGGUGAGCUCACCGUCGACGAGCGCAACCUGCUCUCCGUCGCCUACAAGAACGUCGUCGGCACCCGCCGUGCCUCUUGGCGCAUCAUCUCCUCCAUCGAGCAGAAGGAGGAGUCCAAGGGUUCCGACAAGCAUGUUCCCACCAUCAAGGAGUACCGUCAGAAGAUUGAGCUCGAGCUCGAGAAGGUCUGCCAGGAUGUCCUCGACGUCCUCAGCGAGAGCCUCAUCCCCAACGCCGCCACUGGCGAGUCCAAGGUAUUCUACCACAAGAUGAAGGGUGACUACCACCGCUACCUCGCCGAGUUCGCCUCUGGUGAGAAGCGUAAGGAUGCUGCCACCGACGCCCACGAGGCCUACAAGAGCGCUACCGACGUCGCUCAGACCGAGCUCACCCCCACCCACCCCAUCCGCCUUGGCCUUGCCCUGAACUUCUCGGUCUUCUAUUACGAGAUCCUGAACUCUCCCGACCGUGCUUGCCACCUUGCCAAGCAGGCCUUUGACGACGCCAUCGCUGAGCUCGAUUCGUUGUCUGAGGAGUCUUACCGCGACAGCACUCUGAUCAUGCAGUUGCUCCGCGACAACCUCACCCUCUGGACCUCAUCCGACAGCGCCGAGGCUGAGGGUGCUGCUGCUGAGGCCCCCAAGAAGGAGGAGGCUGAGGCCGCCGAGAAGCCUGCCGAGGCUGCUGCUGAGGAGCCCGCUCCCGCUGCUGCUUCUUAAAUUCCCCUCCCAUAUUCCGAAUCUCUCAGCGAGAAGAGGAGGUAUGCGUGAAAUUGAGGCACGGAUGCUCCUAUUUCUUGUUUGUUUAGCCACUGUUUGAUGCGACAGGUGGUCCCGCGUUUUGCGGAUGCGUUUAGAAUCCCCGCCGAUUAUGGGUAUUUGGCUGGGCUGGUUUGGCGUAGCUGUGAACUUUUUUGCUAUUGUACUUGUGCCAAUGCGGCAUGAGGACGGCAACGGAUUUAUGGUUUCAUUUGGGAAAGAGAAUGACGUGUAAAGGCGUGGGCGGUGGAUAUUUUCUGGUCUUUCAUAUCCUCCGGCAGAGGUCUCUUUGGACAUAGGGACAUGAUGGGUUGAUUCCUUUGCGGGACCAAUCCUCUAUCUCUGCUACUGGAGGAAAUGUUGAAGAAACAGAAACACUUUUGUCUUUCCUGCUUCCAUUUACUCGUCUGUUAUUGUUUAUGUUGCUUUUUGUCGCGUUUCUUUUGUUGUUUGUUCCCUUUGUCUCCAACCAUUUGGCAACUAUACUUUGACUGCGGAACAGCCUUUUCUCCUCCUUUCUAGUAAGAGUUUCUUCGCGUCGAUUACAAGUGGCGUUGACAGCUUUGUUGUUGGCUGCCUGUAUUACGAAGCAGGAACUUGGGAUAGGGGACAGUGAGGGACUCGUUCUACCCUUUCUAUAACGCAGUAUACAAAAAAUUGCAAAAUACUUACUCAAACACUUUUCCUACUGUGAUAAUUUGAUGUGAACCAGUAACUACGAGGUCAAGAUGGGACAGAAGUAGAGUGAAAAUAGCUUCAUAUUCGUUGACAAUAUGACUAGAAACGACUUAGAUGCAUACCCUGAAUUCCGUCCGCAUUACAGGUGCCAUGCUCUAUGGCAUAUGAAAACACCGGGCAAGCUCAAAACCCAUCAGGUAGCCGUGUAAAAAUAAGAAUAAACAACCUCUUUGGGGGUAUAAUGUAUAUGUGAUGUACCCUUGUCAUGUCUUCCAGACAAGGUAAGCCAAUAAAAAAAAGAUUCUGAUGAGACAUAUAUAUAUCAAAAUGGCAUACUCCAACGCUGAUGAUAAACUAAAGGGGGAAUGAAUAAACGUGGGAAGCCAAUAAUCCAAAGGAGAAAAGGAACAAAAAGAAAAAUGAAUGAAUGCCGUGCCAUGAACGUUGAGGGGGCCGAUUUGUGUAUCGGACUGACCUAGAACGUGUUCAGGCUAUCGUGGUAAAUCGUGAAUAUUGUAAAAUCGUGAUGCAGUGUGUACCGCUUGAUCGAAGCAUGGGUGGUUGGCGGUCAGGCGAUGACUGGUACAGGGGCCUUGUUGAGGGCCGGUUGUUGGAGCAGCUUAGCUGCUCGUCUUAGGCGGUCUUGACGUUCUCGUAAGGCGGCAUCGCGGCCAGAAAGGUUGCUUUCGCCUAGCGAGACCUCUCCAUUUUCGUCUGCUGCGUUGUGCGUGGCAAGCAGGCGCUGGUAGUCGACAUUGCCGGGGAUGUAGUCUGGUCGUAGGGUUGUGUACAUUUCUGUACGGAUCGGGCCAUCGCUGGUCUCGCUCCUUGCGUCGCGAUGGUUGCCAGAGAGGCGGCGAGCGAUGCCGGAGAAGAAGUUGCGGCCGCGAGCCAGCAGAGCAGACCGGCGAGAAAAGGACGAUGAUUUUGUUGAUGUUGUAGAGGAUGACGGAGCACACGAGUCGGAGGGUGAGGCGACAGAGGCGUUGUCGGCGGGGAGCAGGGCCGUAGCGACCUCUGUUCGCCAGAUGUUGAUGCGGUUCUGCUUGGAGGCAGAGAUGGGUGGGUAGACCACCUCUGAGACUUCAAUGCCGUCCGCCAUGAUGUUUGAUGGUGUUGCUGUUGCUGCUGUCGCCGAUCGGAUGAAGGAUGUGGCGAUCAGGCGUCGAUUUAGGCGAAAGGAGUGCAGGCGAUGUCGUUGGGAUUAUAAAGGAAGCAGAUAUAUGGCGUAGAUCCGCAGGCUGACUGACUCCUUUACAACAAUGACGACGAAUACAAAGGCGGAUUAAAAUUAGAAAAGAAUACCGCAAAGUCUGGAAUGUAGAGCUCGAGUCAGGGCUGUUGGUGUCUCGGGGGCUCCAGCGCUGAGGCCAGGAAAAAAAAGGCGGAGGUGGAGGCGCUCUUCUUUUUGGGGGUGAGGAGAGCAGGCGGGACAAGCGCAGGGGGCGGCAGGGUUCGAGGCCAAGAUGGUGCAGCGGUGGUCGAUGGAAAGGCUGGGGGUUGCUAAUUGGGCGAGAAGAGAGGCAUCCAGCAGUUCAUGGCAGAAAGAGGACAAAAUAAAAAAGAGGAUGGCGCUUGUGCUUUGUAGGAUGGUAGAAUACAAAGACACGACGGACGCCUCUCUGGUAGCCGAGGACUGGUGGAAAGAGUCACAGGCCAAAAGAAAAGCUUAACCGCAAAGGCGUUCGUAGGUUGCAGGGUGCGUUAAGUUUUCUUGGCUAACUUAGCCGCUGUGGACGACCGCUGUAAAAAUAAGCACACACUGUUGGUUGCCGGAUUCGGACGACGAGUAAGAAAAAAGGCUGAUGAUUGAAGACUAAAGAAAAGUACAAUUCACAGGAGAAAGGAAAGACGGGAGGGCGGGAUCUUUUUUAGCGUUUCUUGUCAAAAAAUAAUUCAAUUAAAUAAAAAAAAAAACAGUACAAAAACACCACCACAGGCAGCGACGGCGAUAGGUGGCCAACCAAGGUGGCUCCCUGCGUGGUGCGCGCUGUGGGCGGAUCCUGUGAUGCGCUGUGGCCACUGUUGAUUGUGGAGGGCGGUCAUGCGACAGCGGCGAUUGCCUUGACUCGAGUCGAGUUGGGUGCUGGGACCCAGGCCGUUCCAGUUCCAGGGCGGGGUGGGGGAUGACGAUGGUGGUGGUGGUGGUGGUGGUGGUGGUGGUGGUAUUGGGCUUUUUGAAAUGGAACAGCGCAGGUAGACAGCUAGACACGCGGGUAAGCUUUUAACAAAGGGGAGCGCUAGUUUGCUUUGUUCGUUAACCACCGACAAGAAAAGAAAAGAACUGUCGGAAUAUAUUGCACGUUCGCUUAGAACAGUAAAUAAAGUACAAGCACCAGCACCACCACCAGCAGCACCGAUAACACUGUGUCUCCCCGUUGCAUCUACAGUGGGCAGGCAACUUGGGCCCAUUCCGCUGUCGCAGCGUGCUACGGUACGGUACCUAACCCAGCACCCCCGGGCACACACAGCAGUCCGCUACAGCGCUGCACACACGCACAGUGAACAAAUUAGCGGUCGGUCUGCUCUCCUCAGCGCGUCCAGACGAACAACAGACAGACCCGCCAGGCUUGCCACCGUGCACAUCUGCAUUAGCGCCAUCUGCUGUUAUCUCCCCAGCCUGGCGCCCGCUCCCCCCCUUUUGUUGCGCAGCGCUGUCCGCUAGUGGCAAGUAAUAGUGCGCGGUGACCCAUCACAGGCCGUGGCGCCCGCUAGCCGAAGGCAUCGAUUUGAUCCACUGGGACUGGACCACACAGGCCCUGAAGGUGGUGCGCAAAUCAAAUCGCGGAUGAGCGCAUCACGGGCUGCAAGCAAGCAGGGAUUCUGCGCAAAGUGUAGGGUUCGCUGCAGACAAACACCACAAGGGGGACAGAACGCCUCGCUUGAAGUGAUCACCGCUCUGAAUCUGACGAGCAAACGAACGUCACCGCUGCUAAAUCAACAAUAGACUUUCUAGGCGGCACCGGUAAAUACCAUCGCCACGUCCACGACUCAGACCACUGACGUGCGCCCUCGGCCUUGCGUUCUCAUCGUACGGUACCGCUCGGCGGCCAGCUAGCGUCGUCCCGAGUGCUGCACAUCCCCGCUUGCAACCAAGGCCUGGGCCGUCUGUCUGUACUGAAAAGCGCAAAUCGCCAAGAUGCCCUUUCAACGCGCACGGCAGCCGGCCGACAGCCACCAAAAAACUCGCGUUGCUAGAGGUGUCUCGGGACUUGCCAGCUGCAGCGGCAGUAGGGAGCUGCUGAUGGCCCUAAGGCAGCCAAGGUGGCGCAUCGCUUGACCUCUUGAUGCAUACGAGAUAGAUAGAAAGACGGGUUUUGUACAUAUAUACACAGUACUGCAUCGGCAGUGACGACAGGGGAGGGCGGUGCACGCGCCGUGAUGCUGCAACUACAAGCAGCGAGAUGAAGUGCGGGUGGUGACAUCCUUUUCCUUGCGACCCUACCAGUCAAGUCACCUUGCUGUCCGCUGUAUAUCCGUCUCCACACCUGCCCUUGUUGCUUGUUUGCCGAUGCUCUUCAACGGGCACAGGCCAAUCUAUCUGCAAGUCUGAGAGAGUUUGCUCUGUUCAAAAGUGGUGCGGCACCGAGACUAAGACGGCUUGCGUAGGCUCACCUUGCCACUCUCUUGUUGUCAGCCUUGGCGUAGCUGAAGCUUGUUGGCUACAGAAGCAAAAAGCUGGCUUUGGACAUGUCUUAGCGACCUACCGUCACCUCGGAUGCUACACACACUUCUCAGGUUCCUUGCUCUUCAGGGACCCUCAAUAAGAGCCGAGCAACGUGGAUGCCGUUUCUCCCAAAACCGCCCCUUAAUCGGGGCUAGAAGAUGCGCCGUUGCAAAUCUCCUUGGAUCUGCUAGUAACAAUGGCUGUAUCAUGUACGCUACGCGGUUAGAGGUCAAUGGUGCAUAAGUCAUUUUCCUAUUCGUAGCUGCUAAUCCUCAUCUAUUUUGUGGAGGGCUGUAGGCUCUGCCAUUCGCCCACUUGUCCGCUCUCAUCUAGUCCACCCAGUAAAUCUACAUUGGCGGUGCUUGCCACAGGUCGCCGGGCAAGUGCUGGAGCUGUAUUGUUCACAUAUGGCAGCCCUUGGGAUGAAGCUGCAGCAACUGGGCUAUUGGCGGCACUUGUGCUCAAAUACGCCGGCUUCCUCGCAAUUGGUGGCGGGCCUUUGCCGUCCUUGGUCUGCUGUGAUAUGCUUGACGCAUGAGAUGAGGCUGAUGAACCUGGGCGAUAAGCAAGUGGCUGUAUCCCUAUCGCCUGGCUUGAAGCUGUGCCAGUUCGUCUUGGGGGUGGCGGUGGUGGGGGUUCUGUUCCAUCGGGUACCGCUUUGCGCUGAAUUGCAUCUCCCCCGUUGUUCUUCAUAGUUCCAACUUUGGCAGGAAGCGAAUCAGGGUCAUAUGCUGGAGGUAACCGGCGGCUGUUGUUUGCUGAUGUAACAGUUUUAGACCUCGUAGAUUGUCCAUAGGAUGAUGCCGACGUUGUCGAGGCUGGAGAAGCUCGCGAUAUCUUCACCCAGUCUGGCUCUGUCGUCUUGCCAAACGGAUUCGACGGCCGAUUGGGGUUCAGCAUCGUCAUGUGUCCAUUAUGCCCAUUGGAACUGGUAACCUGUGCUCUUGCAGGCUGUCCACCCUCAAGCCACCACUUCUGUCGAUCAGAACUCGCAGGUGGAAGCCCAGGCUCAAUAGCGUCAUAGCCAAUCAGAUCCUCAUCGUCGGUUUCAUUACCAUCUCCAAUGUGAGCAGUGGUAUCACCAAUGUCAUGCUUGCGCCUCAAGUAUAGCUCCUGGCUAAUUUUCUCUCGACGACCUUGGUCGACAAUGUUCACAUCACAGUCAAAUGUGGCAUAUACGGGUCGGUGGUCUGAAAACCGUAGAGGUGCAGAGUCGUAUGCGAGCUGACGCAGAUUCGUACCCUUGCGCAAAAUGCGAUCUGUCCACGCAGGAAUUCGCGCCUUUUCACUAUGAAAACGUUAGUAGGGGUCUUGAGAAGGUGUGUGCUGGUCCGAACUUACGAGCUAUCAUAUGUAUCGCUUCCAACAUCGAAUUUGUAUGUGGGCAUAAAUGUAAUACGGUUUUCUGAGUAGUGCUGGAAAGCAAGGCCAGCAACCAUUUGCAGGUUGAGUUGGUCAUUUUCGUACAAGCUUCCGAGGUCGCCGUUCCUAAUGAAAUUUUUGGCUGCAUCUGAUCCGAGUCCAAUACGGUAGUUGAAAUCUCCCAGCCAAAUAACCGUGUCGUGGUUGUCUAUGCCUCGAUCUCGUUGGAAUCUCAACCCUUCAUGGAUCGUUGUAUAGUCUCGGUUUCGCUCAUCAUAGUUACCAAAGCCAGCUGCAAGAUGGGCAGUUACAAAACAAAUCUGGGUGUUGGCGUAGUCUAACCGGAUCGCCACGGCACCCUUGUUGCCGGCCAUUCCCGAGAGACCAGUCUUCUUUACACUGCCUUCCACAUUUUUUAUGCUGGGUAGUGCCGAUGCCUUAACAAAUAUGCAGAGCGCUGCACCGACUAGCUGCCCGCUCCGUAGGAGCACGUAAUGCUCGCCACCCAAGUCUGAUUGUCGUUGGUUGAGGGUUCGUUGGACCGCCUGUUCCCAAAGAUAUUUCCGCGAGGGAUCACUGUUCAUAAUUUGCUGUGGGCUCAGUUCGACAAUCUCCUGAAAUGCGACGACAUAUAUGUCAGGCAGCUGCUGAGGUUUUACUGCUGGUGGAAACAGCCAGGAGGAAAGGUCGUGAUUCAAGCCCUCUGUUUUACCAUUUAGAUUAAACGUGCCGGCCCAUAUACUAAUAGACUCGACCUUGGUGAACUCUUGGCUGCGUUUGUUCAGCUCAGCUGAUACGUAGUCGCUAAUUGGAUCAAACAGAUCAACAGGGGCUUGACCUAUGAGCCUUCCCAAGAGCAUGUCAAUUGUAUGUUGACGGGAUGGAUCCACAAAGUUGUUGUGAUAGAUUCUUUGGACCGACUUGCGCAUAUCGGCUACUGCACCAGCGAGCGACAUCUUGCCGGAUCGAGUAAAUGAAGUCUUUAGAGCCCCAGUGCCCGCAUAAAUCUUGGAUAACGAAUCACCAUUGUCAGCCCAAAGUGUCGAAUGGCGCAUCCAAAAAUCAGGGCUAGCUCUCGCUCCUCGGUGUUCGAGGAACGUUUCCAUCGCCAUUUGUGAAAUCAUAGUUUGGAUGAGAUUGGUUCGAUCCAAACAGUCCAAGCAGUUGGUUCGGAAUACCCCUUCUUGCUGGAGAACGACGAUCAAGCGGGAGACGCCGCCCUUUUUGUCAUGGCGACCCGUAUCAUCAGCUUCGUCUGCUAGAUAGUAAGCAAAGCUAUCCGUAGACUGUUCAAUAUAUCGGCGAAUGUCCCUCGCUGCCUCAUAACCAGCAGGACCCUUUGUCUCUGCGUGGAAAUCGUAGUGAGUCUCUCGCAAUAGAACAUUGUCAGCUGAGCCACCUGGUGAAGGCUGGCUAAGCGGACAGUUUCGUAUGCCAAUCUUGUAAGCGCCUCCAAGUUCAACUUCACCAGGCUUCGUGUUGCUUAGUAAGUUGAUGAUGUGAACCGCGCCGUACUCUCUUUCCAGCUCCUCAAAGUGCUUAUUGAACGUGGGUUGUGUUGCAUCCGGCGAUCUCGUAAGGGUAAUCUUUUGGCGGCCAGGUAUCAAAUCCGCAGCCUGCUCCCAAAAUACAGGUAUAGAGCCUCGAACUUGAGCAUACGAAAAGACUGUCCCCGAUGGGCUCCAGAAGACGGUCUCUGAUUCAACAAAGUUGGCAACAUGGCCAUCGUCGUCCAUUCCACGCGCGUUGAACCUAGUUCCUGCUCUACGACAAGAUAACCUCGAUAUCAGGGUCAAAAGAGAUGCCCGGCCCGUGUUGCCCUUUAAUGGACAUCCACUUUGGGGUAUUGUCAUUGUCUUGCAGAAGCCUCGGAUAGCGGAGGUGAGGAUGCGAGAUUUGUCUAGUGCGGCCUGUUCUUGAGGCAUAAGGCGUGAUCGAAACUGUACCAAAGGGCUAAUCAUAUAUGAGUUCCAAAGAUAUGUGUCGUCAAAGUCAUCAAUUUGGAACGAGUUCGAGUUAACGGGUCUGCGACUUCAUAUGAGCUAACAUCCAUCGCACAGAUACAGAGAAAGGCUUACCGUUCUUGUAGUCGGGUUGUGACGUCAAAGUCAGUACUGUAAUAAAAUGAUCCAUUGCUCAAAAUCUUUCGCAGAUCAUGGCACGGAUGGUGUUCUGUAGGUAUAUCUCGUCGGCCAAGUCCUUGUGCAUACGGGCCAUCGCGACUAUGAAUGGACGAGCCGUCGGAGAGGUCGGGGUCGAGGGAGUCGAGAGGGACGACAUCGUCGUAGUCUGCACUGCUUAGACAGUAAAACGAUACACUAAGAAUCCUCUCCACCGUCUCUCCAGGGCGAACCGUGGCUGCUCUCGCGGCAUGAUUGAUGACUGAUAGAAAGACAUCACCGUUGAUAGAUAUCAGUCCCAAGGUUCCAUAUAUCGGCCGGCUUGUUAAAGGGCGGUAAUCCUUAAGAAGCUCUUGGGACAAUGGUGAAAACUCCACCAUGCAUUUUGCAGCAGUUACGUUGCCAUGCCCAUGCGAGCGAGUGGACGGAAGGGAGACCUGCGAGCCAUUCGCACUGAAUUCGGUAGCGGUGGAGCUAUACCGCAGAAUCAGGGCAUGUGUUGCCGAUACAAUAGCUAUCGAUCGAUGCGGAUAGUCUCGAAUGUACAGCUCACACGACUGUUCGGGCGAUUGCGUACUCCACUGGCUGCUCGAGGCAUCCAUCGUAGACGACUUCGAUCCGUAGUCGGCGGAUUGCUGUGGGAGUAGCGGUAUGCUGUUCCGUGUGGUGUUGGACGGAAUACGGACGCCGUUAUCUUCCGCGCAUAUCUCGGAUGUUCUAUGUAACUGGCUUGGAUAAAACUGGAAAACAGAUGUUGCAAAACCGGCGAU